AUGACGGCAACAAACAACAACAGCAACUAUAUCGUUUCUGAUGAAAAAGUUAUUGAUUCAUUAGUUGAGGAAUUAGUUGUGGCAGAAACUAAAACCCUCAACGAAAGAAUUGGUGAAAACAUGAUUGAUUUACAUAACUACCUCAAACAUGAUGGAGGAAGAGGAAGGAAAACUGGUAUGGCUUUAUUAGUAAAUAAAAUUCCAAAUUUAACGAUUAUAGAUGUUGAUAUCAAUAAAUCGUACAAUGAUGAACUUAAAGAAACGGUUAGAAAAGACAUUUUAUCAAAACUUUCGGAUAAAGAUGUUAUCGUUAAAACCGCUUCUGGAGGUCUUCACAUUUAUUGCAACACUAAUUUCUUCUAUGCAGUUUCGAACAGAAUGAUUAAAUGUUAUUCCUGCAAUGAUUAUGAUAUUGAUAUCAUGACUUCUAUUGAUGAUUCAAAACGUUCUUUAGUAGUUAUGGCUGAUUCAAGAGUUCGCAAGAAUGCAACAGAAUCAAUCAAUACAUACUCAUUCAUUCGUGGAAGUUAUGAUUCAACAUUAACCAGAACAGUGAAUGAUAUAUUAAAUGAUUUGAAUAUUAAGGUAAAAGUUGAACAGAAGAACGAAGAAAUAAAGACUAUCAUGAAUGAAAACAAAGAUGUAAACAUUGACGAUAAACUUGCCCAGAGCAUAGUUGAUGGCAUCUGUGAUUUUGAAGUACAUAAUGACGGUGGAAACAUGAAUUUAGAAAAAGAAAUAACAUUAUUCACACUGUUUCAAGCAAUUAAUUCGUUACCUAAUCAUUUGAUUAAUGAAGCAUACGAUAACGUUUAUAACUUCUGCAGUUUAACAGAAAAUGCAAAAAGUAAUUUUGAAAAAGCACGCAGUAGAUAUGCAUAUUUAAUGACUUCUCCAUUUGUUUUGGUGAAGAUUCUAAAACUAUAUCAAAAGGAAUAUUAUGAUGAAUAUGUUUUACCUCUAUUACGUAAGCCAAAAAUACCAUUUGAUAUCAAACUUGACGACUCGUUUUUGAUAACAGAUAUUAGACGCAAGGCUGAAAAUCAUCAGUAUAAAAACAGUUCUGAAGUAAUUGAGGAUUUAUCACGUGUAAUCCGUUUUGUAGAUUGUGGAAACAAAUAUUUCAUUCAAAAGGAAUAUAAUAUCCACGACAAAAUGAAUCAAAUAUCAUUCGUUCUUCAAUCAAACAUGAAAGAGUCACUCAAAAUGAUUAAAUUAUUUAAAGAAGAAGGUAAAACAAUAACAGCAUGGGAUGUACUACUAAAUCAAUUGUCUUCAUUAACCGUUAAGGGUGUUUGCUUUAAAUCUGAUUCCCCCGAUGUUUUCUCAACGUUUCAAGGUUAUAAAUACAACGUUCUCGAAAAGCCUGAUUACUCAAAAAUUGAGAUGUUUAUGAAUUUCAUUAAAGAAGCCAUUUGUGAUAAUAAUGAAGAA